AAUCUUCAUACAUUGACAGAUCUGCAUCUGCUGAUGAUAGUGAACUCAAUAUUGAAUCAUUGAUUGAGAACUUGAAGAAUGUAAUAAUAAAGAAAUUGUCUGUAUCAUGUAUAGCUGAGUCUUCUGCAUCUCUUUCUAUCUCUUCUGCUACUUCUUUCUCUGCUGCUUUCUUUUCUGUUUCUUUCUCUGCUGCUCUUUCUCAAUCUUCUACACUUGUCUCUGUGUCUGAUUCUCUCAUUCUCACUAUCUCUGUUUCUAUGACUCUUACUCUUACUACUUCUGCUUCUGUCACUGUCUUCAUUACUAGCUCUUCUCAUUUCAAGAAGAUGUUGUAUAGACUCAGUAAAUUAUAUUACACAAGAAUCACUCUCUCUCUUAACAGUGUUAAAAUUAUAAAUAUUCAUAUUUUCAGAAAUGAGAAUGCAGAUAUUAUACUCUUUUACACUCACAGAUAUGAGACUUAUACAUCUUGUUUAAAAU